AUGAGGGGCGCCGAGCUCUUCCUUGAGCUCGAUGUCGAUCUCGUGCAACGUCUCAAUGUGGUCGGAGGUGAAGGCAAUAGGGAUGAUCACGGCACCUGGGGCCUGGGAGUCGUCGACCUCGUCCACCAAUUUUUUGGUGAUGGUAGCAGUUUGUCCUCCAAGCCAUGGUUUAGGACCGACCUGGGACUGCCAGACGAGUCUGUAUGGGUUCGAGAAGUUCAGUUUCUCCAUCACAGCAUAAACGGUGGCUGCCACCUCGGCAGGAUACGAGUCUCCUCUGUUGACGAUCUCCAUAGGCAAAGAGUGAGCACUGAACAGCAACACAACCUUGUCUCUGACCUCCUGCGGGAACUUGGUCAAGGAAUCCUUGAUAUGGUUGGCAAAGGCGGUGGUGAGACCGUCGUUUUUUGGCCAUCUGUCGAUGACAGACCACUCGAUCUGUCUAUCAGGGUCGAUUCUCUUGGAAACACGGUACAGGUCGUUGAUGGAAGAGCCCGAGUCGUAGGUCUCGGGGAUGGUCGAAGGUCCGCCCAUGUUCAUGAACAUGACGGCUGUUCCCUUUGCCGCGGGAGUGGACUUGGCGGUCGAUUGGAACCGCACAAACUGUCUGAUAAAAUUAGAUCUCAGCAUUGGAAAGAAAUAAUUAGAAUUAAUUUCGCAAAGUCUGGCCAAUUUAUUUAUUUAAUGUCUUUUGAUAUUAGCUGGGAAAGCAUUUCCCACGAUGCUAAUAUAAAUUCGCAAUUACUUCACUUUCUGAACGACAAAUUGGCGUCUAUCGAACUGCCCAAUUAUCUGAAUGGAUUGGAGGUGGUGAAGUUCUCUCUGGGAGAGAAAUCGCCAGAGCUUACUAUUAGAGACAUUGAUCAGCCGUUUGAGGAGUUUUACGCCGAUCUCCAACAACCCACGCCGGUGCAACUGACGCCGAUCCCACGCACACCGCUCAAGCCGCAGACCAGACCUCAGCUAGAGAUCUCGAGAAGCCCGUCCCCCGCCAGCGUGCUGAUGGGGGGUCUAUCCAGUCCAGUGGGAACCCCCCGUGGAUCUUUGUUGUUACCGAGAACAAACUCGUACGGACUCGGUUUGGGGGGUUUUGGGCUUCGGGAAAUCCACGAGGAAACAGAACUGGCCCCGCUCCCAGACCCAUCUCCCGUCCCUGAGCCAGAACCCCAGAAACUAGACCCCCGUCGCUCUGAUAACGACAUCCAGCUCACUCUCGACCUGAAAUUCGACUCGAGCAUCUACAUCGAGGUGGUUUGCAACCUGCUCAUCAAUUACCCCACCCAAGAAUUCAUCAAACUGCCCGUUCGUUUGAAAAUCACAGACCUGUUCAUCCAUUCGCUGGCUGUGGUGGCAUAUAUCCAAAAACAUGUAUUUAUAUCGUUCCUGUGCGACAUUGACGACGACGAAAACGCAGCAGAUUCCGAGGAAAUGCGCCAGGACUCGAGAAAAUCGUCAGUGUCGGAAACAACACCGACCGUUCUGUCAUCGCGCGAUAGAAUCGACAUCAUCCGCAACCUACGCAUAGAAGGCGAGUUGGGCAAUCACCACUCACCGCCAACGGCACACCAGGGCUCGAUCUUGAGAAAUAUUGGUAAGAUCGAAAAGUUCUUGGUUGGAACUAUCAGAAACAUCCUCAUUGAGGAGCUCGCAUGGCCCAGCUGGAUAGAACUCGACAUGAACGAGGAGGAAGACUCAGAAACAGACAUUGACGAUUGA